AUCAUGAAUUUGAUUUAUUCUUUACUCUGAAUACUAUUCUACUUAAAAUAAAUAUGCGAUAAAAAUGUUUAUUACUUUUUUUUAAAUUGUGCCAAUAAUAAAAAAUUCAAAUAUUCAAUACGAAGUGAAAGCAAUUCACCUAUACACAUUAACUUCUAUUUGAAUAAUAUCUUGUUUCUAAACAAAAAAAUGCUCUAAUUAUUUUAUGGCAAUGACUAGAUGACAUGAAAAUAGGAAUUAUACUUUUUAAAAGUUUAGAUAUUUACAUAAGAUAACAUUGUAAACAAAGAUAUUAAGAGAGAACUUUUAACAGCAAAGAAUCAUAAACUUCUUUUUUUCACUGCCCAUAUGUCAUGUAUUUGAGUUGAUAAAUUAUCAUGUCCUCUCAAGAAAAAGGACCCGCUACGUUAAAACAUAAAGAGAGUGGUACUGUAACAAUGAGAGAAAAAAAAGGCGGUGCACUUAGCAGGGUACAAAAAUUAAAAAAACGUCUAAGCCAUAGUUUCGGUCGACUUUCAAUAUCAAAAGAAGAAGCAGAAGAAACGCCAAACAGAGGAUCAUUACCGUAUAAUGGAUUUUCAGAAGAAUUUUUAGAUCGUUUGGAACGAAAUGGCAAUGUGUCAAGAAACAAAGAUCAUUGUUAUGCGAAGUCUAUUACUUCAACCUCAAUAUCACAUGUCUCAGAGUGGACUGGUGUUGGAGAACACGAACGAGUUCAUCGACAAUUAUCAGUAUCCAGUGAUUCAAAACUUCUGGAUGAAGAUAUUCGAGAAGAAGCAAGAGUAAUUUUGAGACCUCGUCGACCUCCUAGACCGAAAUCGGAAGUAUUUCUUGGAAUUGAUUCAGGGCCGCGUAAACUGAAAAGAUUUUCUGCUUUUGGUGGUGAUUCUCCGUUUGGUAAAUCUGAAGGAUAUAUCAAAUUAGAGCAAUUGGGUGAAGGCUCUUAUGCAACAGUAUUCAAAGGAUAUAGUCAUCUUGCAAAACAAGUAGUUGCUUUAAAAGAAAUUAGACUUCAAGAAGAAGAAGGAGCACCAUUUACUGCUAUUCGAGAAGCCAGUCUUUUGAAAGAACUGAAACAUAAUAACAUAGUCACAUUACAUGAUAUUAUUCAUACCCGUGAAACAUUAACUUUUGUAUUUGAGUAUGUUCAUACUGAUCUUUCACAAUACAUGGCUAAAUAUGGAGGUGGUGGAUUAGAUCCACGGAACGUUAAAUUAUUUCUCUUUCAACUUUUACGAGGACUUGCUUAUUGUCAUCGCAGAAAAGUUUUACAUCGAGACGUUAAACCGCAGAACCUUUUAAUUAGCGAAAUAGGAGAAUUAAAGUUGGCAGAUUUCGGAUUAGCAAGAGCAAAAUCUGUUCCAUCACAUACCUAUUCUCAUGAAGUAGUAACAUUGUGGUAUAGACCACCCGAUGUACUUCUUGGAUCAACAGAAUAUUCGACCUCACUUGAUAUGUGGGGCGUAGGUUGUAUAUUUGUUGAAAUGUUAACGGGGGUACCAACAUUCCCGGGUGUACGCUGUACUUAUGAUCAACUUGAUAAAAUAUUUAAAAUAUUGGGAACACCAACGGAAGAAACAUGGCCAGGAGUUACUAGACUACCAGGAUAUAAACCACAUCUUUAUCCUGUACGCAAACUGGGCCUAUCGUUUCCAAAACUUUAUGAUAUUGCUGAAGGUGAUAACUUGGCAUCCUCAUUACUUCAGUUAAACCCUGAUAAUAGGAUAGAUGCUGAAGAGGCUCUGCAUCAUAAAUAUUUUAAUUCUUUACCUAGAAAAUUAUAUGAACUACCCGAUGAAGUUUCGAUAUUCACAGUAGAAGGCAUUCAUCUUUACAACGAAUUGGGAGAAACGUACAUGGAUUCACGUCAUACAGUGCUCAAAACUUGAAUGUGAAGAUUGACUUUAGUCACCGACAGUUUUUUGAUUGCUGGAUACAAUAACUACAUGCUGAAAUAACUUUACGUAACUAAGACUAUUUUACUUAUUAUUUUUGUUCAUCUUAUUUUCAAUCAAACAUACUUCCUAAUUGUAAUUUAAAAUACAAAUUUUCUUAAUUCAACUAUAGUAGCUUUAUUAUUAUUAUUAUUAUUAUUAUUAUUAUUAUUAUUAUUAUUAUUAUUAUUAUUAUUAUUAUUAUUAUAAUUAUUUUCAGUUAAUUAAUUAAUUUUUAAUGUGACAUGUAUAGUAUUGAACAAAUCAACAUAUUUAGGAGAAUGAAUACAUUAAGAAUGAAUUGAAAUAAAAGCAGUGUUUGAACAGUUAAAUAUACAUAUAUGAUGUAUGUAGAAUGCAAACGCACAUACGACCUAUCCUAGCACUUCGUCCAAAUAUUAGAUAUCAGCUGCAAUAACUUUGAAAAUCUUUUUAGAAAUUAUAUUCAAGUGAUAAAUAAUUGUUUUUCAUCUAGACUGAAAAUUUUUGAAAAAAAACAGCGAUUCUAUAUAGAAUAUGAUUAUAUAAGUAUAUAAUAGCAGUUGUAUCGAUACUAAUAUUAUAUCAUUUAGUAGGAUCAUAGAAAUUUUACGAAAA